AUCUUCUUGUCUAUAUCGUUUAACACAUUCCGUAUAGAAAAUAAAAAAACGCAAGGAAUUUUGCGAUGCUCUUCCUCAAAGGUGUUAUCUGUCUUACACCUCGCACGUCUUCGCUUCAUUUCAGUCAUCUACCCGGGCCAAGUCGGAUGCCGCCACGACCUCCAAUGUGCAGCUGCCCAUACGGGAGCGUCGUGUUUUAACGAGAAAUGUGUGUGCCUCGAUGGUUCCAAUAUUGUCGACGAAACAUGUGGUUCAGGCAGUGAACCAGCUACAUCUCCUCCGGGAGGUCCGUGCACAAAUGCUCGAAAAUGCAUUAAUGGUUCCGUAUGCCGAGAGGGUUGGUGCAUUUGCCCAGAUCCGACUAUGAUUGUUCAACGUGGAGUCUGCAUUCAGCCAGGACCACGACCUGCUCUACCUACAUCGGUAUGUCUUUCGUGUUGCCCUUGCAGAAGUGUAUAUCCUUUCAUUAGACCCGCCUACGUUAAUCCGCUAAAUGGUAACGGAAAAGGUUUAACCAAAGUUGUCGACGGAGCGCGUUGUCCGUUUGACUCAUGUGCUGGAGGUGCUACGUGUGUGGAUGGUGUAUGUUUGUGCCCAUCAGGAACGCAGCCGUCUCCCCAAGGUCGCUGCGAGCCUACCGCCGCUAUGACAGCGCCAUCGACGUCUUCAGUAACGUGCACACUGCUGAGUUCACCCACCAUCACACAUACAAGUCGACAUCAUCCCAUACAUCACCAUCACCUGUUGCCACCUUUGGAAACCGAUGAAUGCGCUGCGAUUGGCUUAUAUUGCCGCAGCAAUACUGUGUGUCGUAACCUUAGCUGUCAAUGUCCUGAUGGCCAUGUACUGCGGAAUGACGGAUGUGUGCCAUCGAGACGGAAAAAAGUACGCGGAACAGCGAGACGCUCUCCUACAUAUGCUCGACCAGGUCAGAAAUGCGCCAAUGGUGAAAUCUGUGUGGCUGGAAGUUACUUUCAGGUUUGCACUUGCUCGAACAAUUCGAUUCUAAAGGGUGACGAAUGCGUACCACAACACUUCAAAAGAACUGCUAUACCUGGCGAAUCGUGCGACGAAAAUACUAUAUGCACUCAGGAGAGCAGUUGUCAAUCCGGCCAAUGCCGUUGUCAGCAUGGAUUCAUCGUCGUCUCCGGCAAGUGUGUAGCUCUUCCAAUGCCAACCACCCUUGCCAUGAAAAAACUAGUAAAGGCUAACCCGCUGGACAGCUGCGAUAAUGGAGAGCAGUGUGAGGGUGGUUCAAGGUUUGCCAAUUUUUUAUUUAAUUUUCUAAGCUUUUACUUACGAAACAAGACUACUUCCCCUCGAUUUUCUACGUUCGCUUCCAGUUGCCGUUAUCGGCCCGCGUAUCCGCUCAACGAUGGGUCUAUUUUUUGUUUACCUGCUUUGCUUUUUCGCUUAGACUUGAUCAUUUUCCCAGUCUUUCCUUGUUUUCGUGAAGAGCUUGCGUAUAAUGGAGUUUUUAUAAGGAAAAUAAUGUUUCACAAAGGCCAACCAAUACCACCCAAACAUCCACCGACAAUCUGA